GCUCUUGUUGCGGCUGCUGCCGGCGCCUCGGCCCAGGCCGUCGUUGGCACCGCCUACGGCUUCGCCAAGGGUGUCACAGGUGGUGGAUCGGCCGCCGCCGUCACUCCUUCUACGGCCGCCGAGCUCGCCACCUACCUCUCUGACGAUGUGGCUCGUGUCAUCCUGAUCACCAAGGAGUUUGAUUUCACCGGCACCACCUCGAGCGGAUCGGGCUGCAACAGGAAAAGCUGCAGUGCGACCAACGGAGGCCAGUACUACCUUGGGACCCUUUCCUGCGCCGCCACCGACGACAUCGUUGCCGUCAGCUCCAUCAAGUACGACACUGCCGGGCUUACUGCUCUCAAGGUCGGCAGCAACAAGUCCAUUCUGGGUGUCGGCGGAAAGGGCGUCUUGAAUGGCAAGGGUCUGUCUCUGAUCAAGAACGCAAAGAACGUCAUCAUCCAGGGCGUCGAGUUCACCAACAUGAACCCCGGUGUCGUAUGGGGUGGCGAUGCCCUCGACUUCCAGGGAGGCAACGACGGUGUCUGGGUCGACCACAACAAGUUCUCCCAAGUCGGCCGCAUGUUCAUCGUCUCCCACUACGACGCCUCGCGCCUGACCAUUUCCAACAACGAGUUUGACGGCACCACCACCACCUCGGCUAGCUGCAACAACGACCACUACUGGACCAUGAUGUUCUACGGCGAUGGCGACAAGGUCACUCUCGACCGCAACUACCUCCACAACGUGUCCGGCCGCGCCCCCAAGCUCGGCGAGGACGGCAAGACCGGCACCUUCCACGCCGUCAACAACUACUUUGAGAACAUGAAGGGCCACGCCUUUGACGCCUACUCGGGCGCCCAGGCCCUCGUCGAGGGCAACGUCUUCUCCAGCGUCACCACGCCCGUCACCGCCAAUGGCGCCAAAAUCUCCACUUUUGUCGUCAACGGCGGCUCCGCCUGCUCCGCCACCCUGGGCCGCUCCUGUCUCGCCAACAGCGUCGACUCGGCCUCGGGCAAGCUGACCGGCGGCUCCUCGUCGUCCUUCAUCUCCGCCAUCACAAACGACGUCUCCCCGCUCGCCGUCGCCGACGUCGCCGCCCACGUCAAGGCCAACGCCGGCCCCGCGAAACUCGGCUCC